AUGAAGUUGGCCUUGGGACUGUUAUCAACUCAUGAAUUCAGUUUGCAAACACUGCAAUUUGUGUUCUUUGGAAUUUGCAGAGAAGAAAAUGACAAUGUUGCAGGAACAGUUGCGUGGAUACUGUGGAAUAAUCGAAACAAUUGGGUCUGGAACGGCGUUAAGGAGUUGGCAAAGGUGUUAGCUACGCGUGCCUUGCAUAUGGUGGGCGAAUGGUGUGAACUGAAUGUGCUGCAGCAGCAAAACAGUGUCUCUGGUACUAUUGUUACAGCGUCACAGUGGCAGAAACCGCGAGAUGGGUGGUUGACAUGCAAUAUAGACGCUAGUUUUUAUGAAGAUUUAGGCCUUACGGGAGGAGGUUGGUGUGUACGGAAUGCACAAGGAAGGUUUGUUGCAGCUGGUACUAAUUUGAUUCACCAAAAACUUGCAACAAUUGAAGGUGAAGGCAUGGCAAUCCUAGACGCGUUACAUGAAGCUAUUGCAAGAGGUUGGACCAACAUUGUGUUUGAAAGUGAUUCCAAAAUAUUGGUGGAUGCUAUUCAUGCAAAUCAUAAUGGAGUCUCUGAAUUUAGUUCUAUGAUUUCCUAUAUCGAGUUGUUAUUACAAUGUAAUUCGAUCUUUGAGGUAAAGUUCAUCAAGCGACAAGCGAAUAUGGUAGCUCACACUUUAGCUAGGCCGGCCAUUUCUUGGUCUAGUCGCACUUUGUUUACAUUAUUCCUCGUUGUAUUGAACCUAUUGUUAUUACUUAUUAAUGAAAUAUGUUGA